CUCCCUCCCCCCGCCCGCAGCGGAUGAAAACAAACAGCGGCGGCGAUGGCGGCGCGGCGGAGGCCGCGGCUCUGAAGGCAGAGGCAGCCCGAUCCCCGGCGCCGGCCCCGCGGCCCCACAGGCGCUGACACCCGCGGCGGAGCCCGCCGGCCGCCUGCCUGACCGAUCUCCGCCGGCUGACCGGCCCCUGCCGGCCCGGACCCCAGGAGGAGGAGGAGAAGGGCCACUGACUGGAGCCCCAAGGCGGCCGCGCGGCCCCUGAGGCUUGGAGGCGCCGGUACCGAGCCGGGGGCCGCGGGGAUCCCCCGCCCCUUCCCGUGCCCGUGCGGGGCGCUGAGGAGACGCCGGGACACGGCGGGGGAGCGGGGCUGCGGGCCCCUCCUGGGCAGCCGGGCCCCCGGAGGCCCGGGAUGAGCCGCCGCGCCGCCAGCACUGCCGCCCCCUCGCAGAUUGCCAUAUGCAAUGGACACUGAUCUCAGUUCCCAGGACAGGAAGGACCUGGACAAGUUCAUCAAAUUUUUUGCUUUAAAGACGGUACAAGUAAUUGUCCAGGCCCGACUUGGAGAGAAAAUCUGCACCCGAUCUUCCUCCUCCCCAACAGGCUCUGACUGGUUCAACUUGGCAAUCAAAGAUAUACCAGAGGUUACUCAUGAAGCAAAGAAAGCCCUGGCAGGCCAACUACCUGCUGUUGGACGCUCUAUGUGCGUGGAGAUUUCCCUCAAAACCUCAGAGGGGGACUCCAUGGAGCUGGAAAUUUGGUGUCUAGAAAUGAAUGAAAAGUGUGACAAAGAAAUCAAGGUCUCAUACACCGUGUACAACCGGCUCUCUCUGCUGCUCAAGUCUCUGCUCGCUAUAACCAGGGUAACUCCAGCCUACAGACUCUCAAGGAAACAAGGCCAUGAAUAUGUAAUAUUGUACAGGAUAUAUUUUGGUGAAGUGCAACUGAGUGGCUUGGGAGAAGGUUUCCAGACAGUCCGUGUUGGGACAGUGGGUACCCCGUUGGGCACCAUCACUUUGUCCUGUGCCUACAGAAUCAACCUGGCUUUCAUGUCAACCAGGCAGUUUGAGAGGACCCCUCCUAUCAUGGGGAUUAUCAUUGAUCACUUUGUGGACCGUCCCUACCCCAGCUCUUCACCCAUGCAUCCCUGCAAUUACAGAGCUGGUGAGGACAAUGCUGCAGUAUACCCCUCAGUGGAAGAUUCCCAGGAAGUGUGUACCACAUCUUUUUCCACCUCUCCUCCAUCUCAGUUGAUGGGUCCAGGCAAAGAGGGGGGAGUCCCCCCGCUGCCCAGCCAGCCAGCACACGGCACCCAAGCUGACCAAGAGAGGAUGUGCACCCCGCUGGAUGGAGGCCACUACUCAGCAGCUACUCCCUCUAGUAGCGAGGACACAGAAACCGUGUCCAACAGCAGCGAGGGGAAGGGUGGCUCCCCACGGGACCUUCUGGAGACCAUCUUUAUCAGGAAGGUGGGAGCUUUUGUCAACAAACCCAUUAACCAGGUGACCAUGGCCAACUUAGACAUUCCUUUUGCCAUGUUUGCUCCCAAGAAUGUUGAGCUGGAAGAUAACGACCCCAUGGUCAAUCCUCCUGAGUCCCCAGACACUGACUCUCCUCUCCAAGGCAGCUUACACUCAGAGGGCUCCAGCGGCAGCAGCACAGGGAACACCCACGACGACUUUGUGAUGAUUGACUUUAAACCAGCAUUUUCAAAGGAUGACAUCCUUCCAAUGGACCUGGGGACGUUCUACCGGGAGUUUCAGAACCCCCCUCAACUCAGCAGCCUCUCCAUUGACAUUGGGGCACAGUCCAUGGCAGAGGAUUUGGACUCCUUACCAGAGAAGCUGGCAGUCCACGAGAAGAACGUCAAAGAGUUUGAUGCCUUUGUGGAAACCUUGCAGUGAAGCUCUUCUCCUGUCUUGCUGCAGCACUUCUUCCUCCUCAAGGCAUCCCAGACAAUGACAUCAACAGCUAACCUGUAUUGCCCCUGCUCUGCCUUCUGUCUCACUUUGACCAGUUCCUUUCAGCACGUGAGCUUUCUUUGGUUGCUCCCUUCAGCAGCAGAACCGGCUCAGCUGCUGCCUUUCCUCAGCUGCACCAUGCCCUGCCUGGGCUGCUUUUCCUGCUCAAGGUCAGCUGGCAAUUUCAGACUUCAGGAGGGACACAGGAAGUCAACUCCCAACCUAUGAAACAAGUUUUCUCCUCAGUCUGUGUUCUGUGUGGAGGGGCUUUGUGAAAAGUUGCCAUGUGCUCCCUCCAAAGGUCCUGUGGUGGAAGUUCCCUAGGUAGAGCUGCUUGCUAAGGAGACUUUUUUCCUCCAGUCUCUGAUCCUGUUAGAGCAUGGAGAGCUUUGGCUCAUUUCCAGGGUCCUUGAGUUCAGCAGAUCCAGCAGUUUUAAGCCCAGGACAUUCACUUCACAGAACAGGGUGUCUCAUCCUGACUUCAGCACGAGCACCUGGAGCCCAGGGGAGAGGCAGCAGCUUUGGGACCUCUGUAACACGAGUUGUCUUUUGUCUCCUUGUUGUGUGAGGAGCUGGGUCUCUGCCACAGCCCUUCUGGGGGAGGCUGCUUUCCACAUCUCCUUGGCCACCCCAAGGUCACCAGGGGACAGACCUGCACACAGGGGCUGUGCUGAUGCUGAGUUCAUGGGCUCUGCUUCCCCAGUGCAACUGUACAUACCAGGAAUCCUAUUUCUUUAGGGUUAUGUAACUAGGCCAAGAUUCUUUCCUCUAACCCUUGCAAACCUUCCUGCUUUAUGGUUACUAGGUGAUGAUCUUAAGACUGAAGAAAUAUUUAUUGCUUUUAAAGGAACCUUUCUGUACAAGGUGUUCAUGUGGGACUUUGGGUCCUGGUGCCCUGGAUCACUGCAGCCACGUGUGUGCCAGGGAACCCUGCCCAGUGGCACUGGGCUCUCUUUGCAGGACAAAUAGCUGAGAUGGAGAGAUAUUUAUUUUCUAAGACAGACUUCUAAUGUAAUGCUCUGGUUUGGGGACUGUGUGUCCAUGACAUCCAGUCAAAGCCCACGGGUGGAAUGAAGUGCACAGAGGAGUGGCAGGGCCUGGGUGGAAAGCUGUGUUGUGGCUGGCAGGGAUGAAUGUGCAGUGCUCUUCAGCCUUGCAGGAGGCAGCCUCUUUCAAGAAGCACAGGUUUUGGAGGGGAGGGGGGAAGCUCAUGGUACUUUGUAAUCAGGUGGCUUUUGAUGAGCUGAAGCUUUAUUUUUGUAAGGAUGUGGCUGUGGGCAGUGUGCUGGGCUGGCAGGGCUCUGGGGCUGCUGCAUGGCUGUUACCUGAUGCAAGGACAGGAGGAGAAACUGUAACACUAAACAGAAAUUUAGCUUAAGGUAGGUCUUCCUCUCCUCCUCCCACGUGUAACUAGAAUGAGUGACUCCAAGACCCCCUUACUGCCCUAAAGCACUUUGGUUUCUUUCUUUCUCUCUCCAGGAGUGGGGUUGUAUUGCCUCAGGACUGAGGAACCAGCUUAACUUCCUUAGGGGGGCUGAGUAACCAGCCUUCUGGCUAGUGCAGUGUGGCAGCUUCUCCAGCUUGGCUGCAUUCUGAAAGAGAUGGCUGGCACCUGCCAGGGAACCCUCACCUCCUCUCCCAAACACUACUUCAGUGCCACUGCUACAGCAAGGAGCCCAGUUCAGCACAGAGCUUAUUGUAAGGUCGGAGCAACACCAUGCUUUGAGCUUGACCAGCUUGCAGUGGGAGGCCACAUGAGCUCUAAAACUCUAGGUAAGAGCUUUACUGAGGGAAAGCUGCCCACCAGAACAUUUCAGGCUAACUCAACCCACUCAACUUCCCAAGCAACCUCACCCAGAAGUUGCUCAGUCCUUACAAAAUCAGAUGUAGAAACAGUGAAGCAAGCUUCCAAGGUAAAACAGCUCACAGGAGGGUUUAAGUUACAUGGGCUUGAACAAAGACUUGAUCCCCCCCAGCCAGAGCCACCUUGUUUUACAGGUGGAAGGGGGCAGGAGGUUCUCACCUCUGCUCAGCCAGUUGUAGGAAGCAGCUCACAGCUCACCAUCAGCUUUCUCUUCAUGGGCCAGUGGUACCACCUGGGCUGAGGUAAAAUGCUGGUGGAGGAGAACAGAUGAGGUUGACUUCCAUGUAGCCAGUGCUACUGCUGUCCUCAGAGAAGCUGUGGAGCUGGCAGCACGCUCACCAGUCCUGCUCAGCCUGGCCAGAAGGUCCCUCGAGCCAAACACUUGUGCUCAGAUGUUGAUUCAGUUCCUAACUGGGCUCCAGCUCCCACAUCUCAUGAGGCAGAACAUCAGAGUGGCAUGGGGUUUGUUUUCUGCUUCAGAAGGCUGGAAGUUUGCCUGUAUCUGCUGCUAGUGUUGAGCUGGACAGCCAUAGCAAUAAAGAGAUGCUCUAGGGCUGGCUUAGGUGCCUCUUUUCUGGACAUGCCUCAGUCUUCAACAUGUAGUUGCUCCAUCUGGGCUCUCCAGGGCUCUGACCAGCACAGCAGUGCUCUGCUGCUGGCACCUGCCACACACUGGGGUAGUGAAGGCUGGUGAUUUUAGCAGCUGCCUGCUCAGUGCUCCAUGAAGGACAGUCUGUAUGUAGCUGCUGGUUUCCAGAUCCUUUGGGUGAAGGAGAAGGCUCCUCAGUGAUAUUGUUUUGGGAACUGUCUCCAGUGUACUUCAAGUAUUCAGAAAAACUUUCCAAUAAAACUUUUAUGUAAGCAAA